UCAAAGGAGUACCCCACCUUCUACUACUACUAUUUGCUACUUGGCGCGCAAUGAUUGUCUUGUCAAAAAAUCUGUAACUUCUCCGUUUGUACACAAAAACCGAUAUCUAUCACACUUCGAUUUUGGUUCUCAUUUGUUGGGGAAUUCAUCAUACAAGUGACUGACCAUGGAGUUUGGAACAAAACCCAGACGCAGGAAUAGAAAUACAAUAGAAAUUGACCGGUCAUAUCCAUGUAGUUUGCAGUUUUAUUCAGCACCUCCAAAUGGUUAUAUUUCACUAAUGGACUUUGAUGACUUGGCUGUAGAGAGGUUGAAGGUAUUAAGGACGAUAGAAAGGGUAAAUCUUAGUGGACAAGUCAAGAAUUCUGAUGAGUGGAUCUGCAAGUUGUAUGAUGAUUUUAACAAGAAUAAAUACUUUGUUGCCAGAACUGAGAAGAUGUCAGAUAAUAAGAGAGAUGAAGCUGAAGCAGCAAGAAGGAGGGACCACAUUUCACAUUUUAUUUUACGUUUAGCAUACUGCAGAACUGAGGAGCUGAGACGUUGGUUUAUUCUUCAUGAGACAGAUCUCUUUAAAGCUCGUUUUCUGCAUGUUUCCAAAAGUAAUCAAGAUAAUAUUAGAACAUUCAUGUCUCAGAAUAACCUGAAUUUUGAACCAAUAACACCUGAUGAAGCAAGCAGCGAAAAAGAAAACCUAGUAAGUGGGACAUACAACAUGGGAAGUGGUGAUUUACUAGAAGGUCGUACAUUUUUUAAGGUUCCCUUCACAGAAGCUUUGGAAUUAGUGAAAGGAAGAAAAGUGUUUGUAAAAGGCGGUUUUGCAUAUGUCCCUGACACUGACCUGGUGACUUUGGUCACUACCUCCUUCAGAGCUCACCUCUCCCAAGCUCUUGCUCAAACAAACAGGGCUCUGCCCCAGUUGGAUGAUGAUGAACGUCUUGUUCGAAUGCUUCAGGACUUUGACAAGAGGUAUACAGGCAGUGAUUACACAGAAAAAAAGAAAGGACAAAGUCAUGUUAUAACACCAGCUAUGAUUGAUCAGUUAGCCUCCAAAUCAUUUCCACUUUGCAUGCGCCAACUAAAUGAUGCUCUUCGAACCAAUCAUCACCUUAAGCAUGGUGGACGUCUUACCUAUGGGUUGUUCCUUAAAGCAGCUGGAUUGAGUCUGGAAGAUGCAAUGUUCUUUUGGAGGUCUCAUUUCACAAAGGUUAUGGAAAUUGAUAAGUUUGAAAAAGAAUAUGCAUAUGGUAUUCGCUAUAAUUAUGGAAAAGAAGGAAAGAGGACUGAUUACACACCAUACAGUUGUGUUAAAAUCAUCACAGCCUCCUUGGGUCCAGGAGAUGCUCAUGGCUGUCCUUUCAAGCAUACAGAUGCUUCCAUGCUCAAGCACAAACUUAAUGGCUAUGGUGUUUCACAGCAAGCUAUUGGAGAGAUCAUGGAGUUAGUAAGUAAGUCACAUUACCAGAUUGCAUGUCAGCGUUACUGGGAAGCUACACACAGUGCCACCCUUGAUUCUGGAAUUAAUCAUCCUAAUCAGUUCUUUGAAGAGAGUCAGAAAUUCCUUAAUGGUGACAUGCCCUCAAGUCAAGGCAAAAGACCACAGGUGAAAACACAUCGAGUUGUAUACUCUGCGCAGUCUACUCAGUCCUCACAAUCUACACAGUCCGUUACUCAAUCAACUCCAGAGAUGUCACAAAAUAACGAUGAGUCACAUUUUGGCGAUUUGGAUUCUGAAUUGUUAGCGCAAUAUAUGGACUCUCAGGAAUCAAGUUGAGAGAGCUUGCAUUUUAGCUUCAUGUAUUACAAGAGGAAUUUGUUUUGAGAUGCUUGAAGAUGUUGAGCAGUUUAUUUACAUGCCACAGUACAUAUAGGACAAUGUAAGUUGGGAUUAAUUGCAUUACUAUAUUUGUAGAUAACUAGUAGUUUAACUUAUAUUUGAGUAAAGCUUUUUUGAAUAACUGUAAUGCAGUAUCGUAUUAGAUUAAGUAGUACAAGCAAGAAACAUUUUCUAACACAUUAGUUACAAGUAUGUAACCGGUAAAACAUGAGGUUAUUAAUGAUAAUUCAAUUAAAGUAUUUUAAUGUUAUUUGAUACCUAGCAUCAAAUAAACACUCCCGAGAGAGCUAUGUACUUUGCUUUUGAUAAUAAUAAAGAUUUUUUUAUUCCAGUCAGUUUAAAAAUCUAAGAUGAGUACUUAGCAACUCUCCACAGCAGUGUGCUGUAGACAGAAUGAUACAGAGAAUAACCUCAUUAAUAAUUGAUCAAAUUUUUCUGUAUCUUAACAAAUAAUAUGCUAAUUCCUUACUUAGAAAUUAACCUUAUAAUAUAAAGCCAGUUAUUUUAUAUUCUUAUAUAAUUUGGAAAUAAUUGUUGUUAUUAGUUAAACUAUGGUACUUAUAUUCUUAUAUAAUUUGGAAAUAGUUAUUAUUAAUUAGACUAUGGUACACUAAUGCCCUUAUCACUGUAAACAUUCAUACUGAAGGGUUUUACAGAUUUAUCGCAGCUUUAUCCUGAAAAAUCAUCUCAAAAAGGAAGAAUAUACAUAGUUUUUCAUGGAGUGUUGAAGGCUUUCUCAUAUACAUCACUGAUUGCACUGGACUAGCUUAUGUUUUGUUCUUUUAUGAAAUCUAAAGUGAACAUGUCAAGUAAUCUCAUAUUUGCUAGUCAGGCCAUCUCUACAAUGUAUAUAUGUUAGCAGACUGUAGUCAAUAUGAAGUGUGUCUUACAGUAUCCUUUGGCCUGUCAGCAGCUUAACUUUUCUGUAUUUGAGUCUUCAAUCAUUUUAUUUUGAUCUCUUCCUACUUAGCCUUCCAGACUUGACUUUAUGUUGCUCUCAUGUUUAUUCCUCGUUAAAGAAGAAACUUUCACACCUGCUUUAGUAGAAUCUAGAAAUGGGACUGCUUUUGUUAAUUACUUUAUGAUAAUAAUGAUAGUAAAUAAUAAUACAACUUGAAAGCUGAGUGUCACAUCGUCAAAAACAUUUUUCCAUUUCUUAUAACUGAAACCAUUCCUCUUCAGUGUACAUACUUAAGUAUGCAUUAGUUUAUUUGCUUUUAUGAAUAUUUGAACGUUUGUUCAUAGAACUGUCCUUCAUGGUUCGGAUGUAGAGAAAUGUGUACUUAGUAAAAAAAUUUCCAUAUACAUUUUGCCUCCUAUAUGUGUUUUGACAUAAGUUAGAUUCAACCGUGACUUGAUUACUGGGAGUACAUUUUGUAAUAUCUUGUAUAUUAUGUACUUUUAUAAUACUUGUUAUUAUGAACUUUUUAUAAUUUUCCAAUUAAAUCAUAUCACAUUAUUGAA